AUGAAAAAAUUUAAAACAAUUAAUAAAAAAUACGAAGAAGUUUUAGCAUGGAAGCAAUCUAUAAGUAAUCAUUUAUGGUGGUCGGCACAAACAUGCAAUGGCGAUUCUGAAGUAUUAGUCACAAAAUUUACAUCUAUAUUGAAACAUAUUAAAAACGUUCAUGAAUGGGAAGAGGAUGGAUUAAAAAAAACUUGUGAACAUCCACCAUUAAGUGAUGAGUACAAAAAACAAAAACUAUGGUUACUUCCUGAUUCUAAACGUUAUGAACUAUUAAAAGAAAUAAUUUGCAACAAAAAGUGUUUGACAGAUUUAAAGCAAACAAAAAAUUAUGUACACGCGGGAAGAUUAGAGUCUUACCAUAAUUUAACAUUAAAAUAUGUUCCAAAACGUGUUCAUUUUUCUUUUAAAGCGAUGUACAUAAAAUCAAUAAUUGCUAUAAUUGACCAUAAUUUCAAUUUGAGUAAGUAA